GGGGCUAUCUAGAUCAACCACAUUGAGGAACUGGGAAGAGCUAGAUAAAUGGAAACUGUGUCAAGUGUGACUAAGCCCUGCUCUGGCAUGAGAAAUUUCAACUUAUAUUCAGAAUUGAUGCUGAGAUGAGGAAACAAGGCUCCAGAGGGAAAAUCACCUGCCUGGUGUUAGCUUGCUCACUGGAUUUUCACUAACCUUGGACCAUAUAUUUGCCAGGAAGAAUGUAAGUUCUCCAACAUCUUCAAAUAAAGAAGUGGUUAUGAAGAAUGAUCAGAAUAAUGGAGGUACGAAACCAGUCCAGAAUUUCACAACAAUACCAAUCACACAGGCUCUCAACUACAAUCUGAGCAAAGAAGGGCAUUUAGAAAAAGAACCUUGGAAUGCAUUCAGCCAUCAUGGCCCAGUUAAUGUCUCCAUCGAUGGAAUUCCUUGCAUUCUCUUCUGGGUCAAAAGAAUCACGAUUAAAUUUAAGAAUCAAACCUGGCUGGACCUUACAGACGAGGCAUUUGGUCAGAAGGUAACAGUGGACCCUGACAACUCAAACUGCACUGAAGAAAGUGCUAGGUUGUCUUUGAAGCUUGGUGAUGCUGGAAAUCCCAGAAGUCUUGCUAUGAGAUUCAUCCUUACCAAUUAUAACAAGUUGUCCAUCCAGAGCUGGUUUAGUUUGCGCCGAGUCGAGAUCGUUUCCAACAAUUCAUUCCAAGCGGUCUUUAACCCAAGUGGCAUAUAUGCUCCCUCCGGUUACUCCUACCGCUGCCAACGCGUGGGAAACCUGCCGCGGGACCAGGCCCUCUUGCUGCCCGGCAACACGGCUGAUGGGUCGAGCCUGUGGGAGGUCACUCUUACUGAUUUCCAGAUCCAAGGUUUUGCCAUCAAGGGGGGACGAUUUACCAAGGCCCGAGACUGCGCCUCCUCCUUCUCGCCAGCUAUUCUGAUUGGCCUGGCAAUGUCCCUGAUCCUGCUGCUGGUGUUGGCCUACGCCUUGCACAUGCUCAUCUACCUGCGGUAUCUGGACCGGCACUACAAUCUCAUCACCUCUCCUGCCCACUUUCCGCAGCUGAAAGCUCGAGACACAGCUGAUGAGAAGGAGCUGCUGAGGAGCCAGGGGGCUGAAUGCUAUGAACUGAGAAGCCAACAGAUCAGCAAAAUCUAUGUUUAGCAGCACAGGCUGGCCCCCACCACGUCCACAGUGGGCUCCGAAAGUUGUUUCUGUUCUAUGCUAUUUGACUUGUGAAUUACAGAUUUUCACCAAAUGGAUUGAUUACAAAAGAAAAAAAAAAAGAAAAAACAGAAAAAGGAAAUAUAUAAUUCUUUCUGAACCAUCCACUGGCCUACGUAGGUAGACUUGGGGCAAUGAAAAAUGGCAUCUCAGGGACCCCACAAAGACAAAUAUGACUGUCAGUUGCCUCAAAGUACCCUGAAAGCAAAGGAGUAUUUCAAGUAGGGAAAAAGAAGGAGAAAGAGAGAGAGAAAGAAAAAGAAGAAG